UUGUUUCAUUUUUAACUAACUCAUUCAUUCAUCCACAGGCUGGUUGGAAGGAGAACCAUGCAACAUUUAUGAAUGAGUUGAAGAACCUUCAAGCAGCAGGACUCACUACUCUUGGCCAGGCACUAAGAUCUUCCUUUGACUUACUCAAUUUGAAUCGAUUGGUGUCUGGAAUUGAUAACUAUGGACAGGGAAGAAAUCCAUUCUUUUUGGAGCCUUCCAUUUUGAUCACCAUCAACAGAUGGCAACAAGCUUACAAUUCCUUCAGGUGUUCAGGAAGAGCUCCAUCUUCCCCUAAACUCUCCGUUGCCGGGAAGUGAACUCACUAAAGAGCCAUUCCGGUGGGAUCAGAGGUUAUUUGCACUUGCACUUCGCCUUCCUGGAGCUUCGUCUGUGGAGCCUGAGCAGCUCGGCAGUGUGCCAUCUGAUGAGUCUGCCAUUACACAGAUGUGUGAAGUCACAGGAGGUCGUUCUUACUGUGUCAGGACACAGAGGAUGUUGAACCAAUGUCUGGAAUCCCUUGUUCAGAAGGUUCAGAGUGGAGUUGUAAUCAACUUUGAGAAGACUGGCCCUGACCCUGUUCCGAAUGUGGAAGAUGGACCAACAGAUUCCGUCAAGCCAGUUAAUUCUUUUGCCCCACAAGCCUGGCAUAACUGUCACAAGCUUAUCUAUGUGCGGCCUAAUCCAAAAACUGGUGUUCCCGUUGGUCACUGGCCAGUUCCUGAGUCCUUCUGGCCUGAUCAGAACUCACCAACGCUGCCUCCUCGCACAGCUCAUCCUGUGGUGAGGUUCUCCUGUGUUGACUGUGAGCCCAUGGUUAUUGAUAAGCUACCUUUUGAUAAGUAUGAGCUAGAGCCAUCUCCUUUAACUCAGUAUAUCUUGGAACGGAAGUCUCCUCACACCUGCUGGCAGGUUUUUGUGAGCAACAGUGCAAAAUACAGUGAAAUUGGACACCCAUUUGGGUAUUUAAAAGCAAGUACCACCCUUACCUGUGUGAAUCUCUUUGUAAUGCCAUACAACUAUCCAGUAUUACUUCCUCUACUUGAUGAUUUAUUCAAGUUGCACAAGCUAAAGCCAACACUAAAGUGGCGACAGGGCUUUGAUAACUACUUGAAAACAAUGCCACCCUAUUUCUUAAUGCCAUUAAAAAAAGCACUGCGGAUGAUGGGAGCUCCAAACCUAAUAUCCGACAACUUGGACUGUGGUCUUAGUUAUAGUGUUAUUUCUUAUUUGAAAAAGCUUAGUCAACAGACAAAAAUGGAAUCUGAGAGGAUAAUAGCAUCUGUUGGAAAGAAGGCCCCGCAGGAGACGGGGAUUAAAGUAAAAAGUAACCCCACAAGAACAUUUUUCAUUCACAAUAGAGAUUUCAAACAGCCGCUACAGGGGACCUCUGGAGAGGCCUCUGUCCGACUAUCAGAGAGUUUGAAGGAGUUCCCUGGUUUCCAAAUUGGACUUUUAAAUAAGGAUUUGAAGCCACAGACCUACAGAAAUGCCUAUGACAUUCCACGCACAAACCUCCUAGAUCAGUUGACAAGGAUGAGGACCAAUUUGCUGAAAACACACAAAACUGAUUGUGGGGCAAGAUGAAGACUGUCUGCAUAGUGUCCCUGUGGCACAGAUGGGCAAUUACCAAGAAUACUUGAAGCUAAUGCCUUCCCCUCUCCGAGAAAUUGAUCCAGACCAGCCCAAGAGACUGCACACCUUUGGAAAUCCAUUUAAGCAAGAUAAGAAGGGUAUGAUGAUUGAUGAAGCUGAUGAGUUUGUUGCUGGACCACAAAAUAAAGUUAAACGGGCUGGAGAUGCCAACACUCCGGCCUCUUUAAAGAGAAGAAGAAACAUGUCUCCCCUUCUCUUAAGAAGACCUCAGACUCCCCCUAUUAUAACCAAUCAUGUAGGAGGGAAGGGCUCCCCUACAGCACCAGGUAGCCCAACUCCACACAACCUAAUUAAGCCUAUUCCCAUACACAAAGAUGCCAAUAAUACAGUAUCUUCAGAAAGUAAUGAAGAGAGGACAGGAAAUGGUCAGGCUCUAGAAAAACAAUUAGAUAGAUUGUCUCCACUAAUUGACCCAGCUGCUCUAGGUGAUGACGAUUUGUUGCCUAACAAUUUUGAUUCUGUUACUGAUGAACUAAAUUGCUUGAAUGAGGAUAACUUGGACCACAAGCCUGUUAAUAUUGCACUUAUAAAGACAUCCCUGGAAGACUACACACCUCUAGAGGACUCUCCACUUACUCAAGAAUGCAUUUCUGCAAUAACUGUGCCAAAUUCCCUAAAGGAAGCUGAAAGUAUGAUGAACGGGACAAAUGCAGAUCUUAAGAUCAGGGUCAUGAAAGAAGUUCGGAAGCCGGGAAGAAAUUAUGAAAAGAUCUUUGCUCUCCUUGAAGAAGUUCAAGGAUCAUUGGAAGUACAAAAGAACUUUAUUGAGUUCACAAUUAAGGAAGCAGCACGAUUUAAAAAGAGAGUGUUAAUCCAACACUUGGAACGUUUUCUUUGUGAACUGGAGUCAAAUGGUCUGCCAAACAUGGUAAACCACGUCAACAGCAGAUAG